GCCCAUGCUGAAAAAAAGACUACUGAGACUUUGUACUCUGGAGUGAUGAGAACUAGAUAGAUGAUUUUGUAACGGAUGGCUUCAAAACUGUAUGACGUUGCAAAGAUAAGGAAAGAAAAAUGCAUGGUGCCUACAGUGAAACAUGGUGGUGGCAGUGUUUUUAUGUGGGGUUGCAUGAGUGCUGCUGGUGUCGGGGAGCUGCAGUUCAUUGAUGGUAUCAUGAAUUCACGGAUGUACUUCUCUAUAUUGAAAGAGAAGUUUUCCAACAUGACAAUGAUCCAAAACACACAUCAUGUUACUUUUCUG